AUGAAAAUCUCCGCUCGCGUGGAUGGCUCCGUCUGUGGUGCGGUCUUCUCAAGCCGUUCCUCGUCGAGUCUCAGGGGGGUUCUUGCUUCCGGGCGGAGGCAGCUCUGCAGCUCCAGAGACAAACCAAACAGCACCCAAGCCGGCUCGAACAAGACCGAACAUGGCAACUCAUUCUUCUGCUCCCGAACCUCUCAAUGGCUCGGCUCAACCUUCUUCCCCAACCCCGAGCCCCGACAGGCUUUGUCGAUAGCCCGGAAGCGACAUGUCAGACAGGCCUAUAGCACGGCGGCGGUGGCGGUAUCGAGCGACUCGCGCCGGUCUGUACCGCACUUGUCUUUGGAGGACAGACAAAAGCUGCGGUCCUAUGUUGAUGGAGAGCCCGAGGGUACUGUGAGGGAGCAUCUCGACUUUUAUCGAGAUACCUAUCGAAGUGGAUAUGCAAUACCUGAUUCCCCGACCAUAAAAAUUUCAGAUGCGAAGCUCGAUGUGGACUACCCAUCCCAAGACCAGAUCUACACCCCCAAUGAUGAGCUCAAAACGUUGAAUUCUAGGCUAUGCGGCGCCAUUGGCUUCCGAGUCCGACACCCUCAUCGAAUCAGUCUCGGUACUAUUUUUGACCAUUAUAUGAAACUUCCGGAACCCCGGAUGCUGAAUUUCUCUGCGCGGUGGCGAGACAAGCUGUUAUUGGUUAUGGCCCGGCCGCCGAAGCGAGAUCUGAGCGCUAUGCUACGGUACUUUGAGCUCAUGGCCGAUGUUACCAAGGCAGGUCUCACUAUAAGGCCAUCGCAAUGGAAUUUCGCAUUGUCUCUGGCUACGAAACAUGCUGGAAAACGUGUGGACCAUUUUGAUUCUGCCAUGGGUCUCUGGAAACGAAUGGAGCGGGAGCUGGGUGAAAACACGAACGAGGUCACGUUCAACAUUUUAUUUGACGCCGCGUCGAAGCUCGGGAACUUCACACUCGCCGAGUUGAUAUUCGGAGAAAUGGAGAAGCGGGGAAUUCAAUUCAACCGCUUCCACCACGUCAGUCUCAUAUAUUACUUUGGCCUCAGACUGGAUUCUGAUGGCAUCAGGGCUGCGUACAAGGAGAUGGUUGAGUCGGGUGAAGUCAUUGACACUGUGGCAUUGAACUGUGUCAUUUCUGGGUUCUUGCGCUGCGGCGAGGUCGAGGCAGCCGAGCAGACAUAUAGGCGCAUGAUGGACAACACCCCUGCGGGCAGGAAGCUACCAGAGAAGGAUUAUCGCGUGGAAAAGGUCCUCACCCAGGCCUUUCUCAUGUUUGCCAAAUUGGGGAAGGACCACCCUGAAAUGGUGAAAUCAUCUCAGACCAACAUGUGGCUUAGCCCAGAUAUCCGGACGUAUCGCCUUAUGGUCGAGCAUUUUGCUAUCAGUGCGGGCGACCUACGGAAGGUCGCCAGAUACCUUGACGAGAUGGAGUAUUUGCGGAUUCCCGUGCACCCGACCAUAUUCCUAGCUCUUUUCAAGGGGUUCUAUGUCCAUGGCGGCCCAGGUCGGGACACCGCAUGGACUGUGCAGCGCCUGAAUGGUGUCUUGUCGGCAUUGUACAACGCACGGGACUGUCGCGUUCGUGGUUUCCGCAUUGACAGCUGGUUGGUAAUAUGGGCGCUGCGAGCGGUCCGGAAGUGCUCCACCGACGGGGAUGUCCAAAACGCAUUCGACAACCUGAAGAGGCGAUGGGAUAUUGCCCCCCAGCGCCGCGAUUUUCUUCAUGAUCUGCUCACCAACAUUCUUGACGGCUCGGAUCUGAAGUCGAAGAAGAAGAACCGGGAUACUUUGCAUCAGGUGUACCAAAACAAAGCGAUAGGCAUAUGA